AUGCCUACAAUUACUAUGCCUGGUGCUCUUCUUGCACUCAGCGCUCCUUCUCAUGCAGAACAGGUCGAUUCCUCGACAGACACCACAGAGGCUGGCAAUAUUCCUUGGUGUUGGCCCAUAUGGCAACAGCACACUAUGCUGGGUUCAACUCCCUUAUCCGUAAACAUAACGGAGGACACUCCCAGCGCCUGGAAGUCCCUCAAGAUCCAUCAGGCAGUCUUGACAUUUGCUAACAAUUUCUGGGCUAUUGAGGAUGCUGCCCAAGUGGAUUACAUUAAAAAGAUCGCCCUGAUAACGACAAUGAAGGUCGACAACAUUGGCUGGACUAUUGCCAUGCCAAUUGUUAUGAAGCGUCUCAAGGUGGCAAAUCUUCCUGAUCUUGCCACCUCGCAGGUCGCACUUGCCUACUCAGGCCUUGCAGAGGCACUUUUUGGCCCUGAAUCUUUCACAGAGGACGGUAUUGCACUCAAGGAGCCAGUCCGGCGCUUCCUAGAUGCUCUUGUGGCCCACCAUUGGGCAAAGAAUAGGAAGUCUAUUGUACGUGAAAGGGGUAGGCUCGGAAAGUUAAAAAACAAAGUAGAUGAGACGUGGCAAGAAUUCUCAUCUAUGGCAGAGCAAAACAAACGUCUGGACACUGAAUACAUUAGAGCCUGGCUGAAGGACGUAGAUGGACUCACAAAAAUCCUUACUCGGUAUGGCGAUCGAGAGUCGCUGAAGCAGCUUUCAGAGCAGCAAGAAACGCUCAGCGACCUUCUUCAAGGCUUAGGGAUUGACAUAAAUGGUGGAAGCAAAAACCGUCUACCAAAGCCACUGCGCCAGGCGCUUUCAUUCCUUGCCACUCAACAAGAUAUUACUCUACUUGCAGCGUCCAUCCAGGACCAAUUGAAACUUUGUGAUCCAAACACAACGCCAGCAGAAUCAGUACCCUCGUUUGACCCAGAUGCAACCAACAAUUGCGACUUCCAGUGGUCGGAAGGUGUGGAGCAAUACAGCAGCAUGUCCGAGGAUGACCUAUGGACGAUCCUUGGACUUCCAGAAAAGCAAAUACCGUUCUUUAACCUUUUGCAAGAUCCCUAUGGCAAUUGCGACCCUUGGACUGAGGACGGUCAAGCCUGGUUGAAAGAAAAUGGGGAGUCUCUUGCUCUCCGCUGGCAUCAACUUGUUGGUCUCGUCAAGAUGGUCAAUAAUGCAUUUUGUGGAAUGCCCGUCUUGCUCAUGGACGAAGUGGGCUUAGGCAAAACCAUUCAAGUCACCGCCUUAAUUGCCAUACUUUCAUUCUAUCGUGAAUUUUAUGCUGUGCACAACUGCUUUCCUGGUAAAAUAGCUGCAAAGCGGUGGAGGAGCGACUCUCCAAACAUUCCAAAUCUUCCAGUGAUGCUUGUCAUCCCAGCCAAUCUGGUACCCCAGUUUACUUCGGAGUUGCACCGGUAUCUUCAGCGGGGAACUUUUGACAUUCUACCAUAUCUGGCUACUUGGGGCAGUCGACGAACCUGGUGGGAAGACAUUUGGAGCAGGUCAAUGCAGCCUGAAGGGCGGAGAAUUAUCUUGACUACUCCCAAGGCUUUAGAAUCCGACUGUGACCGCAUUUUUGAGGCGAAUAAUCUUUGCCCAACAAAACAUCCCCGACAAAAAUCCAACUAUACCAUAGAUGCGCCAAGCACAGCUUAUGGGCGCAAAUUCUUGUUAGGAUUGGUGGACGAGGCCCAUAAUUACAGAAAUGUAAAAAAGGGUUACUGGGCGAUAUUUUGCCUUCGCUUGCUAUGUCAGGCAAUGGUUGCUAUGACGGCCACACCCAUCACCUCUCGACCUCUUGAUGUGUGGAAUAUUGGACGAUACCUGGGUCUGGAGCUAUUUGGCAGCGCUUAUGAUGAUGAGGCCCUGAAAAUGGUUCGUCAACUGCGUACUGCUGCUGCAAAGGAUCGCAAGCGCUUUCAACAAGGUGACCGCAUUGCCACAAUAAUCAUGGGAACGGUAAAGGGUGAUGCCGAUGUUGAGGUCCCCAGCCUGUAUCGUAGUCAGAUGCUGAUGUGGAUUGGCAUCAUCAGAGAAAGGUUUUCUGGCAUUGUUAUACGGCGCACAAUCUGGUCUGUCGAUAGUUGUGGUGCCAGGAUAUCGGGCUUGGCUCCAUUCCAGGAGCAUAAUCUCCUUGUGAAGCUGUACAGCCAUGAGGUGGAUAAUCUGGAGCGCAUUGCCAAGGAUUUGGUAGAGGAAGGCGGCACUAGAGCAGCAAAGUUUGCUUCUGGCUCGGAUUUUUACACGCAGGUCCGCAGGGCUUUAUUGCACCCCAGCUGCAACACGGGAUAUCCAUGGGCAAAUCCCUCCAGUUUGGACGAGUGGAAGAAGGACCCAUCUCGCAAACUCGACGUUCUUGCACAAGUCAUUUGUUGGCAUCAGGAGCUUGACGGCCAUCCACCUCUCCAUGUUGUGGAUGAUAAGCUAACAGCGUCAUCUGCAAAUCUUGACGUCACUACUAGCAGUAUUGCAGACUCUACGCCCCAUGACAAAAUACUUGUCUACUGUGCAUUCCCUUCUAGCUAUACACAGGUGCUCAAGGUUUUAGAGCUCAACGGCAUCAAGACUUUACAGAUCCACGGCAAAUUGUCAACCUCCACUAGAACCAAUAUCAUUUCCCAAUUCAAAGUAGUGGACCAUUCGCUUUUCAUCCACUCUCCCACCCUUUCAUCGGCUAUUUCCCCCACGCUUAUGCAAUUGCAGGACUCACUUUGGUCUGCCACGGAUGAAGGGCAGCUGAUUGGACGUAUCUAUCGUCCCCCCCAACCAAAGACCGUCCAUAUUUACAGAAUUGUCGCCGCUGACACUCAGGACGUCUUUCUGAACAAUAUCUCCUUCAGUAAGGCGGCCAUUCUUGACGCAUUCACUGGGGCAACACCCAGUUUACGCUCUCUGUUCAAUGAUGACGACGAAGCGGAGGAAAUGAGCACACUUCCUGAGAUUGAAGACUCAGAUGUCCGUUUGGAGAAGGGGAAAACAAAGUUAAAAACAUCAAAGGCUCGCUCCUCAACAAAGAAAGGAGGCCGAGCUAAAGGUAAGGGAACAGACCGGCCUUCGGGAAGGCCAUCCGAGAAACGGGUCGUUGAACCUGUUAAUGAAGACUCUGUGAUCAAGAAAGCUCGAGUUGCCCCUCCCAGCUUUAUCGUCCAUGAUGAGGGCAGCGAUUUGCCACCAAUUGCCCAGGAGGUCCAGUCAAGCGUUAUUGUUGCAGCGGAUACUGGUACCAAGAGCGGUAACUCGCAGUUGGGCUCUUCAGAGCAGAGCCCCUUGUGCCCAGAAGCGUCUCCCAGACCGAAGUCUCCACCCGCUCUAAGUGCCGCGGUGGAUGCAGAGAGUGGAGAUAUUACACAGUUGGAAGCUCAGGCUUGCAUCUCCUCUAAAGACGACGUCUCCAAAGGUAGUGCAAAAGAAGCCAAUGCUAUGCAAUCCCAGAGAUGCCAAGACUCCCAGCCUCUUAAGCGUGCAGCUGACUCUAGUCUAGAGAAUCGGGCAUCAAAAGUGCAAAAAUCGACUUCUGGAGGUGAUAGCGACGUUUCCACAUUUCUCGCUGAUAUGCAGCAACGCGGCAUAGAAGUUGAACAAUUAUUUGCUUUUCUUAAAUCCCUACCAAAUUCAUCCUCCCAGAAUCCGGACCACCCAUUGGCGUCUUUCAUUCCAGGAUUGAGUGCAGCCACUGGACUUUCAGCGCCUGCGCCGUUGAACCCUACUGAUAGCCGGAAGUAG